AUAGGGGAGAAGCGACCCUCCUCGGAGAUGACGAAGCCCAAGCCCAAACCGCAGAAGAAGAAGAAGAAAAAGGACCCCAACGAGCCGUCAAAGCCCGUGUCAGCCUACGCCCUCUUCUUCAGGGACACCCAGGCGGCCAUCAAGGGCUCCAACCCCAACGCCACCUUCGGGGAUGUGUCCAAGAUCGUGGCCUCCAUGUGGGACAGCCUGGGGGAGGAGCAGAAACAGGCGUACAAGAGGAGAACCGAGGCGGCCAAGAAAGAGUACCUGAAAGCCCUUGCCACGUACAGAGCGAGUCUGGUUUCCAAGACCUACGACGACCCCGUCGAACCAAAAAGUGCCCAAAGCAGCCAACCCUCCCACAUGCUGCCCCCCAAGCAGCCCUUGUACAGCAUGCCUCCGCAGCCCUCCUCCCCCUACAGUCUGGGCCCCGGCUCCUUCCCCAUGUCGGACCUGCAGAGCUUCGCCGGGCCACCCCGCCAUGCCCUGACCCGGACCCUCAGCCAAUCCCAGAUGCUGCCGCCCAGCAUGAGUGCCUCUCCCCCCUCCCCCUUCCAGAUCAGCCCGCCCCUUCAUCCCUCCCAACUCGCCCUGCACCAGAGCUCUCUGCGCAUGCAGCAGGUCCAGUCACACUCAAUGGGGCUCCAGGGGUCUCUGCACUCACCUCCUCUCAGCCAACAGGGGUUCUCUCACAUUCAGGACUACCAGAACAGUGUGGGCGGGUCUCAGUCUCCGGGGGCGCCCAACCCAGGGCAUGGACAGAAGCCCGACUGGGAUGGCGAAUACUGCAACCGGGACUGUGGGCCCAACCACUGCAGCAGUGGCAUGGGAGUUCGGGACAAGCCUCUCUACCUCACUUGAAGCUGGUGGACCUCCAUAAGUCAAGACUCCAGGGAGUUUUCCAACAUUCAUUAACAACGUCAAUGUAUCUUUUCCUCCAGCUUGGUUUUUUUCUGAAGGAUUUUUAAAAUCCCAAAGACUGCUACUACUUCACCUUUUUGCCAAGCACUUAGACUGGACAGGAGCCUUGCUUAUUUUUUUCCAUGAACGUUCCAUUUUGUGGGGGGUUGAGCUUUAAGCUCACAUCAACAUACCAUACACGAACCCCCCAAAAAAAUGUCUGUCUUUGUUUUGACAAAGGGGUCAUUGUAGGUCUGGAGGGGAGAAACACAAGUGUCCCAUUUUUCUUUUCUCAGAGUGAUUGUAAAUAUCUACCAAGAUGGAACCUGGCCCCCUAUGCCCAGAUGUGUGUAUCUAACCGCAAUCCCCUUGCUUUUUACAUUAUUUUGUCUGGUUAUGUGAUUUUUGUGCGGGCUGGAUUCAGUGAGGGAAUACACACUAAAUCUGAUCCCAGAUCUGUUUGUGCUGUCUUUGCAACUUCUAUGGUGACAAUGGCCAUAUAAAUUGACAAGACAGCACAAAUAGAUCUGGGACCAGCCUAACUCCUCUAUAAUGAAGAGAGAAAUACAAAGACUGCAAAUGAUUCAGUUCCCCAGUUGUUAUUGGGGCUCUCUGAGAGAGAGUGUCUGCGUCUGAAAUGGUACCCUAUUCCCUAUCUAGGGCACUACUCUAGUCAAAAGUAGUGCACUCGAUGAGGAAUAGGGAGCCAUUUUGGACACCCUCUGCACUGGCCUCAGGAUGUUACUGGACUGAAGAGGUCAAAGGUGAAAC